UGCCAGUGCCCUUGGAAUGUUGGGAAUGGUCCUCAGGCAAUUCAGUUCUGGAAUUUCCAGUGCUGUGGGUCGGGCUGGAUGUGGUAUGGUGUCAGAACAGAGCCUUUGCCACAGUAAGUAAAUGUCUGAUCAAAAUUAUUAUUCGGUAAAAAGAGUUGCGUUAUAAUGCAUUGAUAUUGCUUCCAAAAUACAAAUCUGUGGAUUAUACAAAUUGGUGCUCAUUUACCCUAAUAUUUUAGGUGAGGCAAAUUAUGCAUACAUAUAACUUAAAAGAUUACUCAAAAUGUGCAGCUAUAAGUCAGAGCCUUGCCGAGAAUGAUUGUGGUGUCAAUCCACAGCAAGUAGAGUGCAAAAAUUAAAUCUGUGAAAUUAAUAAAUGAAGUGCAUUCUAUAAAAUGGUUGUCAGACCCACAGCUUUACCUGGACCCUUUUUCUAUAUAACAUGUUGAUGAGUAGUGCCUGGAAAUUACUGCACUGCAGUACAGAACUACUGUACUACAGAAAUUAAAUAAUUCAUUAGGUAUAGCAAAUGAAUAUACAAAGUUAAAUGUUCCAUUCUGCAGAGUAUGGUUGCUAGAUGCAACAUGUCUCCUUGAAGGUUAGUUAUGUGUCCAUGAACACAUAGUGAAUGCAACAACUCUAAAUCCAGAUGUUGGACUACAGUUAUCAUCAGCCUGAUUCCCAGCUGUCCAGCAUUUGGGGUGACAGUGUCAAUUUCAGGGUCCUGUCCCAGGAUACCUUCUUUGUUGUUCUAACCAUAGCCAUCACAUUUUAAAUGUAAUUGAAUUGCAGAAAAUCAAUCUGAUAUUAAAGUCCUACACAUACAGCACAUUUUCAGAGCUUCAGAGCGUACGUGCAGAUUUGGUACCUGAAUACAUAACAUAGAAUUGCUGUCAUAUCAAUUUGAAACAUUAUGUGCUUCACCGAGACAAUAGCUAGUCAACUGCUUUCUGUGCUUCACUGGUCAAUAGUUAGUCAACAGCAUUUGAUACUUUUCCUUUGAGCAUUUUUAUUACUUCCAGAUUCCUUCUUCAGGAUACACCCUAGUGUGCAGCAGGCACUGUCUGAGGGGAAGCCGGUUGUAGCUUUGGAGAGCACAAUUAUAACACAUGGGAUGCCUUAUCCUCACAACAUCAGGUGGGUAUGCACAAUUGUGUCUUAGAUUAUGUAGAUAGGAAAUACAAGUCAAAGAGCUAAUGUGCUUUAGUAAUGAAAAUCAAACAUCAUCAAUAAAUGUACCUACGCUGCACAUAUUUCCAGAGGUCUGUGCUAUGGCCACCAGGUAGGACUAUAGGUGCUUUCUGUUAUACAUUUCACAGUGUCAUGCAGUUCAAAAAUGGCUUUUUGGGGACAGGUCUGCAAACUUCAACUCGGUAAACAGUGGCAGCCAAGUUAACGUUGAGUUUUCGAUUAGACAUUUUGGAAAUGGAUAACCUUAACAAACUCAGUGCAAACUAACAUAUCACGCACUCACUUCUAACCAAACUGGACUCCAUAGAAAGCAAACUGGUACAGGUGAUAAUUUUGCUAAAAUUUAUCUUAUUCUGAAACAAUAUAUCUAAAUGUGGGCAAUACAAUUAAAUGGGAAAUAUCUUGGUGCCAGAGCAGAAUUUGUGCACCUUUAUUAGUCUAUUAUAUAGGUUUUGUUGGGUUGUAGUAACUUUUACUAACAUUAUAAAAACAAAAAUAGACCACCAUAGUGCGAAAAUAGAUUGGCAGGAGUGGGUAAGAUUUCAGUCAGUCUAUUCCACAUAGAGGCCAUCAGUUAAAACAAUUUUGCCUUCUUUCCCCUCACCCUCUCCAGUCGGUGCAAGAGUAGGCCAGCCUCAGAUAUAAUCAAGAAGGUCAGUCCGUUACACAAGGCCUUCUCACUGCCUCUAGCUCUGGCCACAAUGGGUGCUUGGCUCAACGCGCAGUAUCCGGUUAGACUGAAAUCAAGAAUCUGUGACUGCUGA